UUGGUAAGAGCCUUCUCUUUCUCUCUCCUAUCUCUCUCAUCUCCAUUUCGAUAUUUCGAUGGUGGUGUCGGGUCGCUUCUGCUCAUACUUGAACUCUUGCACCUCGCCGCCUCUACUGUUCUCCUAAUUCCCGACGGCUGGAAUCCUCUGUUGAAGCUCAGGCUUAUUUAUAUGGCUGACGCACAAUCAGUUACUACCCUAAUUGAUGCUACGUCAUCGAAGUUGCAACAACUUCAGCAAGCAUUUGCUGAACUUGAAAGCCAUAGUGCUAUAACUUUGAAUUUGAAAUGGAAAGAGCUGGAACAGCAUUUUCAUGGGCUUGAAAAGUCGCUGAAAAAAAGAUUUGAAGAGUUAGAAAAUGAUGAAAACGAUUAUGCGUGCAAAGUAUCAGAGACGCAAGAAAUGCUGGAAAGGAGGGAAGCUGUGGUUGUAGCGAAGGAGCAAGCUUCACUGGAGAGGCUGCAGGAGAAACGAGAUGCUGCUCUGUCUACCUUAUUUGAAAAAUACAGGAACUACCCUGCGGCAUUAGCUGACUAUAGUCUAAGUAAUAAUUAUCCUGAGAGCAGUGUUGAAGAUGGAUCAGAUGUUACUGUUGUUAAAUCUGACAUUUAUGAUGAAGCACCUGUUGAAAGUAAUUAUUUAGAUGAAAAACCUCAUUCACAGCUGGCGGAAUUGUGUCAGAAAAUGGAUGUAGAAGAGCUCCACAAGUACAUUUCUGACAAUAGGAAGAAUCUUGCCUCCAUUCGUGAAGAGAUCCCAAUUGCAUUAAGAGCUGCAAGUAAUCCUUUUAGCUUGGUAUUGGAUUCCUUGAAGAACUUCUACUCGGGAGAAAUUUUAGGAUCUGAUGGAAAGAAGGAUGCUGGCCUUUUGGGUUUACGAAGAACUUGCCUCAUGCUAAUGGAAUCUCUCAGUUGCUUAAUGAUGAAUUCUGAGACGCUUUCUGAUGAGCAGAAGCUCACAGAUGAAAUUAAAGAGCAAGCAAAAGCAGUUGCCAGCUAUUGGAAGCCAAAGUUAGAUGGUCUUGACAUUUAUGCCAGUGGUGGCAACUCAUUAGAAGCUCAUGCUUUUCUACAACUUUUGGCUACGUUUGAUAUUUAUUCAGAUUUCCCUGAGAAUGAGAUAUGCAAAUUAAUCCCAGCUGUUUCAAGGCGUCGCAGAACUGCUGAUCUUUGCCGCUCACUUGGGUUUUUACCAAAAAUGCCAGGUGUCAUCGAUAUGCUGAUCAAUAGUGGCAGACAAAUUGAUGCUGUUAAUCUCGUAUUUGCAUUUGAGCUGACAGACAAGUUUCAUCCUGUUCCUCUACUCAAAUCAUAUCUGAAGGAUGCGAGGAAAGUAUUACAUUCCAAAUCUGGAAGCAUGUCUCCUGGUGCUCAGAAUGAAAUGAAUGAACGCGAGCUCUCUGCUCUUAAAUCUGUGAUCAAAUGCAUCGAAGAGCACAAGCUUGAGGAACAAUACCCUGUGGACACGCUUCAAAAGAGAAUAAUUCAGCUGGAGAAAGCCAAGGCGGACAAAAGGAGAGCUGCCGAUGCUUCGAAGCCUCAGUCGAAGAGGCCCCGCGCGAGUGCUACGAGCUACGCUCCUCCUCCUCGAAUGGCCCAAACAUUUCCUGAACAGAGCUUUUACCGCACGCCAGAACGAUACCAGUACCCGUACGAGCGUCAGUACCUGUACCCACCCGAAACCCACCCAAUGCCACCUGCACUCAUUGGAUCUGCUACCUACACGUUAUCUCCCACGCACACCGCCUAUUAUGGCAACGGGUACCAUGUCCAUCAGUACCAGUCUCCUACCUAUCUACACUAAUGAAGAAGGCCUGCCUGCUGAUUGUGAUAUUGUCUAACUACUACUAGAAGUUAACCCCACUGGGCCUUCUUUAUGGUCUUUUAUUAGAGUUGCAAUGUGUUAAAACUCUUUGUAUGCUUACUUAGAAACAUAACAACCAGUGUGCUUAUUUCUCUGCUUAUUAGUAGUGUUUGUACGUUAUGACAAUUAAUUUGCUUAUCUUGUUACUUAAGAAUUGACUCAUAUGAUAUAUUUGCUUCUAA